AUGCUCUUCCUGUUUCAUAACAAGCAAGUGAGUCUGUAUACCAUAAAUGCAGAAUGGCUUGGAGUGUUGGACCUCAAAGGCAAGGCCAAGUGGGAUGCCCAGAAUGAGCUGAAAGGAACUUCCAAGGAAGAUGCCGUGAAAAAGUACAUCUAUGAAGAAGAUGAUCUAAAGAAAAAAAUACAAGGGACUGGAUUUGGCCACUAG